AACGGCCGACCCGCCCCGCGCAGCCGCAUCCAAUCGCAAUGCUUAGGGCUGGAGAUGGAGCCAAUCAGGUCAAAGAAGGAGGCGGGGCUCCAGCAGUUGACUAGAAGUGAUAGCGGCGGAGAGCGCGCAAGCCUGUGGCGGGCUCUCGUCCAAUGAAGACCAAUCGCAAGCCAGAUACAGGCGAGUGACUGUCAAGAAGACCAAUUAAAUCUCCAGAAGGAAUCUGGCCCGGCCUCGUCUCUGAGGGACAGUUCCCCCUACCAAUAGUGGAGGUGACGAGGCGGUCCCUUCGCUGAGGAGGAGGCGGAUGAAGCGGAGCUGCCCUUCAUGUGGCCCAGAGCCUGGGGGUGAAGAGAAGAAGGGGAGAGGGAACCCUAUUUCUGUUCAGUUGUUCCCCCCAGAGCUGGUGGAGCAUAUCAUCUCAUUCCUCCCAGUCAGAGAUGUAGUCGCUCUAGGGCAGACCUGCCACUACUUCCGCAAAGUGUGUGAUGCUGAGAGCGUGUGGAGACGCAUCUGUCACAGGCUCAAUCCUCGUCUACGGGAGCAGAGUUCUGGGGUCCGGCCCUGGAAGAGAGCUGCCAUUCUUAACUACACGAAGGGCCUGUAUUUCCAGGCAUUUAGGGGUCGCCGCCGCUGUCUCAGCAAGAGUGUAGCCCCCCUGCUAGCUCAUGGCUACCGCCGCGUUUUGCCCACCAAGGACCACGUCUUCAUUCUUGACUAUGCAGGAACUCUCUUCUUCCUCAAAAAUGCCUUGGUCUCCUCUACCCUUGGCCAAAUCCAGUGGAAGCAGGCCUGCCGCUAUGUUGUGUUGUGCCGUGGAGUCAAGGAUUUUGCCUCGGACCCAAGAUGUGACACGGUUUACCGCAAAUACCUCUAUGUGUUGGCCAUGCGGGAGCAGCCUGGAGCGGUAGGCACCAGCAGCAGCCAGGCCUGUGACUGUGUCGAGGUCUAUCUGCAGUCCAGUGGACAGCGGGUCUUCAAGAUGACCUUCCACCACUCCAUGAGGUUCAAACAGAUUGUGCUCGUUGGCCAGGAGACCCAGCGUGCUCUACUGCUGCUCACAGAGGAAGGAAAGAUCUACUCUUUGGUAGUGAAUGAAACCCAGCUGGACCAGCCACACUCCUACACAGUCCAGCUGGCCCUGAGGAAAAUGUCCUGCUGCAUGCCUCACCUGCGGGUGGCCUGCAUGGCUUCCAACCAGAGCAGUACCCUGUACAUCACGGACCAGGGGGGAGUGUAUUUUGAGGUGCAUACCCCGGGGGUGUAUCGUGAUCUCUUUGGGACCCUUCAAGCCUUUGACCCCCUGGAUCAGCAAAUGCCGGUUGCUCUCUCGCUGCCUGCCAAGAUCCUUUUCUGUGCUCUUGGCUACAAUCACCUUGGCCUGGUAGAUGAAUUUGGCCGAAUCUUUAUGCAAGGAAAUAACAGAUAUGGGCAGCUGGGAACAGGGGACAAAAUGGACCGAGGGGAACCCACAGAAGUACAUUAUCUACAACGCCCCAUUGCCCUGUGGUGUGGCCUCAACCAUUCCCUGGUGUUGAGUCAGGGUUCGGACUUCAGCAAGGAGCUUCUGGGCUGCGGUUGUGGGGCUGGAGGCCGCCUCCCUGGCUGGCCUAAGGGGAGUGCCUCCUUCGUCAAGCUCCACAUCAAGGUCCCUUUGUGUGCCUGCUCCCUCUGCUCUACCAGAGAGUGCCUCUACAUGUUGUCUAGCCAUGACAUCGAGCACCACCCAGCUUAUCGGGACCUACCAGCCAGCAGGGUGGUGGGGACCUCUGAGCCCAGCCUGGAGGCCGGAGCACCCCAGGACCCUCGGAGGGUAGCCUGGGCCUAUGAAGAAUACCUCAGCCAGAUCCACAGUUGCUCCACAUUGCAGGACCGCAUGGAGAAGAUGAAGGAGAUCGUGGGCUGGAUGCCCUUGAUGGCCACACAGAAGGAUUUUUUCUGGGAGGCCCUGGAUAUGCUGCAGAGUGCUGCUGAAGGGGUUGGCCUGGGCCCCCCAGCCCCUGAGAGCUGACCCCCCUCUCCUGGUCUCCACCCUGGAGGGAGAGUCUGGCCCUGGACCAGGGGCUAAGGAGAGUGGAGUGGGUGUAAGGAGAGGGGUAUACAGCAGGGGGGCCUUCUAGACAUGACAGGGUGUUUUGUAAAAUGUUCAGGGGCUACCCAAGAGCUAACCUGACUAUCAUGGACAAGAGAUUUGAUGGACAAAUAGAAUAAAAGGCUGAAGUGAGGCCUGGUUUGGAACCCUGGGGCCUGGGAGAAAAACUGGGCUGGGGGUGGGGGCCCGAUGCCUGGCCAGAGGGGAGCACAAACAGGCAGCAGAACAGUAGUGGCUGGAGAUUCAGUGCUGCAGAGCUGACAGCACCUGAGGCCUUCUGCUUGUUUCCCCUCCCUCUCCCAGGAUGAGCCCAGCCUUGUAGACCUGUGAGUCCUGGGCCCAUCUUCUGGAACAUCUCAGUCAACAUGUGCUACUGGGUGCCUCCACUUGGACCUUCUGUCUGCCAUGCUUAUACCCAUCCUAGGGAAGCCGCUUCCUCUAAUUUCAGAAACUUCUCACCCAUUUCUUUUCAUCCCUGUGAAGUCAACCCCCUUUCUUCCUGUUUACCUCAAAUGCUGUCCUUUUCCCUUACUUUCUACUCCAUCUU